CGUGUUGAUGUUGUUGACAGCUAGAUGUCAGAUUUCGCAGAAAAACAUUACUGUUGCUGCUUUAAACGCUGGAAAUUUCCGAGACAUCGUCGUCGGUGCAGAUCAAAACAUCACUACUAGGCAACGUUAGCAUUGUCUCAUUGGCACUGCUCACCAAACGCUAAUGCAAUGCUAACAACAGCUAGCUAGUUUGCAAGCUAACAAAGCGAGCUUUUAUGAUGAAGCACGGUUAGCUUACCUUUCUGCCGUUUACUUUUAUUUAGUCACUGCAUACUUUUAAUUACCAGCUCCUCGGGAAGAUUCGUCAGUGUAAAGUAAAUGGGAAAAGCUUAAAAGCGCAACAUGGGUUAGCUAAACCAUGCAUGGAAUCCAAUGACAGAUCAGGUUGACAUUAAGUCAGCAGGCAGCUCUGGUUUGAUUCAACACGUUUUGCACCUUUUGUCACAUCGCUUUUAAUUUCUCGAAGCUGAAGACAGUCGGGAGAUUUAUACCUGAGGAGGAGGAUUGGUGGUCUGGACUGGCACCUGCACUUUCCUAAAAAAAAAAAAAAAAAAAAGUCAUGCUAUGAUGUUGAUGCUACGGAGGUUACUGAGGAAGCGCUGGGUGUUGGGGGUCGUCUUCGGAUUGUCCCUUAUCUACUUCCUCACCAGCACACUGAAACAGGAGGAGAGGACCAUUCGGGACCGCACAUUGCUAGAAGUUAAAGAUUCAGACCAUCGCAUCCCCUGGAAAGUGCGUUUCAACCUGGGUAACAGCAGCCGUCAGAUUACUCAAUGUCGAAACUCCAUUCAGGGCAAGAUAUUACUCACAGAUGAACUUGGUUAUGUCUGUGAGAGAAAGGACUUGCUGGUUAAUGGCUGCUGUAACGUCAAUGCUCCCAGCACCAGACAGUAUAUUUGUAAAAGUUGCCUGGCCAACGGCUGCUGCAGCAUCUAUGAGUAUUGCGUGUCUUGUUGCCUCCAGCCUGAUAAGCAACUUCUUCUAGAGCGCUUCCUGAAUCGUGCAGCUAAAGGUUUCCAGAAUCUUUUUACAGCCGUGGAGGAUCAUUUUGAGUUGUGCCUCGCCAAAUGUAGGACUUCUUCACAAAGUGUUCAGCAUGAGAACACUUAUCGAAACCCCCAAGCAAAAUAUUGCUAUGGUGAGAGUCCUCCAGAGCUUCUACCUGUGUGAACUGGAACUACCUAGUUGGUUUAAGAAGAACAAGUGGAACCAUGGAUCAUUAAAAAAAAGUACUUUGAAGAAGAGACUUAAUAAAAUAAAUGCUGUUUUGGACAGUUUGGCAUUAUCUUUGCAAAUGAAGACAUUCAAAACCUCCAACCUCAGAAAGAAGGACAAAUGUUAAAUUGUAUUAUUUACACUUCAUAAGUGCAUAGAACGCUUCAUACAUUCAUCCAUGAUGAUCAUCAGGUCUCCUGCACAGACAGCUUCCUCAUCAGGUUUUGUUUCAUACAUCUUCGUAUUAAGAAACUGGUUUAAUCUUAACAUAGCUGUUUUCUUUUGUUUGUUUGCUUUGUGGACAAAACUGAAAUGGCUAGUAAUGUGUUGGUGCUUUUGUGUGUAUUGCAUGCAUAUAAAAUGGAUAUUUAAUAAAAAGUGACUGUGAAACAGAAA